AUGGAUCAUGAGUUGACGGGACCUCGUUCUGCUCCAGUCCUAGGUAUCAAGGGACUUGAUGUUCCCAUCCCGCAACAACCGACUGCUGUGACGUGUACGCUAAACAACGGUAUCCACUUCGUUACCACCCCGGAGAGCCGCCUAUCCCGAGAUACUCGCAUCAAUCAGGAGUUUGAGCUUAUCGAACACAAUAAACUCGAAUUCACGUUGACACUGAAAGUGAGACGCGACCCACAUAUUACUGCACAAUUCAAAGCUUUGGUGCCUCCUCCGCCUCCACCUCAGCCUGCUCCAGCACCUAAACCUAAAGGUGGCAUGUUCAGUUUCCUAUCGUCGUCCCCUAAGAAGUCGUCGAGAGCCACUCCCCCUCCUCCCUGCAAUAAUCUUGCAAGGUAUCUAAAACAAGAUGGUACGCUCGCCCGAGCGCUCAUUUCGUUCAAAGACGUCGCUGCGCGAUGCGAUACGCGCCUAUUCGAGAUCAGCUAUCCUUUGAUAGGACAGCGGGCCGAGGCUUCUGGUGGCGCACCAACAACGAUGGAACUCGGGGAGAUCGUUUUGCAGUUGUUCAGAUUGCCGUCACUGCCUGGGGUAUUGUCUGCGCAUCUACCGCAAAGCUUGGAUGAGUGUCUGCGCGGGUUGAGACAUGUCGCAUGGCAUAAGGUGACGUAUUUUGAGGGGACGUUGACACAGAAUGGAGGUGAUUGCACGACAUGGCGACGGCGGAAGCUAAGAGUUGUCGGGGCGAACCUGAUUGCGUUUAACGAUGUUACCAAGAAGGUGACCGCCACCAUCAACCUGAAGAAAGCGAUCGCAGUGGAAGACAUCGAAGACGCGAGAGCGGCACGUAAUUAUGAUGGGAUGUGUACCGUUGAGCGGUCUUUCAGGCUAAUUUUCCCCGGAAAUCAAGAAAUAUUCUUCUUCGCUGAUACGGACGAAGAGAAGGUUAAAUGGCUCGAAGUCCUGCGUGCCCUCGUGGGUCACAUACCGCCCAACCCGUUGUGGGCAGAAUUGAUCUGGCAACGACAGCAAGAGAUGGCGGGUCGUGCCGUAGCGGAGUCUAGUCGAAGUUCAUGA